AUUUGGUGCGUCAGGAAAGUUAUUUUUCUAUUUUCUUUGCCGUUUUCUUAGUAACUGAGAAAAACGGGAACGUUUAAUAACGGUAAUAACAAUUUCAUUAUUUUCAAUUUUGUUGUUAUUUGGUUAAACAUAAUCGUAGAGAUCUGAAAUUUCAUAGAAUUCUAAUUAUUUUAUUAUUUUAAAGAAUCGACAUAUUUAAAAUAUUCUGGGUGUAAUUGAGCUAAUAACAGGCAUUUGACGUUUUUAUCGUAAAAAUCACGGCAUUUCAAAGGACCUACCUAUGUUUAACCGAACUUCGCUCAGAAUCUUAUUUCGUAAGCUUGUAGUAUCAGCUCUGUAUUUACAUAAAAAUUCGUUUUUAUUAUUCAGGUAACUGAUAGAAACCAGAAAUCAAAAUAAACUGACAAUAACCUAUUUACCGUGCCGAUCAGGUUUUAUUUUAAUACAAAACUGUAUUAGCAAAAACUAUUCGGCUCUAGAAAAAUCGUGCGGGAAAUCCGGUGUAAACGUUUCAGAACAUUUAUACUGCUAGAUACCUAACCGAUAACAAAUGUUUUAAACGAGAAAAACACAAAUUUACGAUUUUGAAUGAUACACGACGAACCGAAGAACGGCCCACAGCAUUCUCUAUAAAUUGUCAGGGAAUAGAGUUUUGGUUCACCCUGUGUAUCUGGUAUAACUAUAAUAUUACACAGACGAUGGCGUUCCCCGCGUAUUUUUUUUUUAAUUUACGUCUCGUCCUAAACACAUACACAAACUCGCGUAUCGAUCGCAGCAUCUUACAUUACGGCCGCAGAUUUUAUAAUGUGAUUAUUAUUACUUGAUGCAUUGUCGGGAUGCGUGGUCUCCUCCGAGUAGUCGCUCCGGAUAAAAUUAUAAAAAAAAAAUCUAACCUGACUUUUAAAUAAUGCGCUGUAAUAUCGUCGGGAAAAUUAGGCGUAAAUCACGAAUUUUUUUUACAGCGCCCGAUGCUGGAACCCGUUGAACCGCGAGCCAUCGAAAGUAUGACGGUGAUUGCGUUUACCUGCAGACACAGUUUCUUAUGUGCCACCGCAAAUCUUAUACAAUAGGUAAGUGGGUACCGAUUUUUUGUUACGUUAUAUGAUCACGACUAAACCGUAAAACGCGUUUUGUGUACUUGAUUUUUGUACUUGGGUUUUGAUACGAGAAUCGAGUCUUCGGGACUUUUGCGCUUAUGAAAUAACAGAACAGCAGUGAAAACCACAUUAGUCAUUGGUUUUAUAGUGAAGCGGGGACCGAAAAAAUGUCACCGGGAUUUAUACGGACAGAAUAGGCCGCGCGAAUCCAAUAUUUUUGCAGACAUAUUAAACAGAACCAUUUUUCGAUUGCGUCAAAAUUCGUAACAGAUAUAAGUAGAUUGUGAUUUUCGAUAUGAUUUUUUUUUGUCCGUUUGGAAUUUUUAUCUUAAAACCCAAUUGGAAUAAAUCGGUGCAAUAAUAUCUUUAAAAAAAAAAAAUCGAAAUCGACAUUAGGCAGACAAACUUUAUACCGUUACAUAUCGUGAUGAUUUUUUUUAGGGGCGCCAUUUGGGCCCUGUCCACUUUGAAAUUUCGCGGACAGCAGAAAUUAUAUUCGUAUAUAUUGCUGACCAUGAUAGUAUACAAAUUUUACUUUGUACAAUUUAUUAUGUACAUAUUUUAUUAUCUAUGUUUCUAUAAUCUUACACACGAUGAGCUAAUAAUAAUAUUAUCGUGUUUCUAUUGUCUAAUUAUAUGUAUUAUACGGACUAGAAAAAUGUAUGAGUACUCAAAAAAACUGUUUGGAAAACUCGACAGACAAUCGACUGUGCAGAAAGAAAUCGAGUAAUAGUGAUAAUAGAUAAUUUUUUUUUUAUAAACGUCGUCAGUAUUUUUGCAAGUAUUAUUUUUUUGAUACUUCAAGCACAUAUUUAUAUUGUCGUGAUUGGCAAUAAUUGAUACGACAAUAAGUGUUAUGCGUUUGCACAGCCAAGUACCAAUUAAAGACUAUCCUCACUUUAUCUGAAAUUCAAAACUCACCCGUCAGUUGAAAAGGUAAAAAACACAGAACGCCAAUAGUAGUUAGUAUACGUAACACGUUUUGUUUUAAUUUUUUUAACACUUUAGGUAAUAUAUACAAAAAAAAAAAAGCUAAUCCAUAAAAAAUAAUUUAACCAAUUUCAUUUGUUUACAACUUUAAAUUAUUUAACGUUUUCAUUUUUCGUUCAUAAUAAUAAAAUUAUAAUUAUUUUAUUCUAUAUUAUUCUAAUACAAUAUCAACUUAUUAUUAGUAAAUGUUUGAUUACAUUCAAUUAUUUGCAUUAAUAAUUAAUAUCAAUUGUGUAUUAUGUUUAAAUUUUAAUAUUACGAUAUUACUAGUAAAUCAAUUUUAAAAAAGCAUGGAUUGAUAUUUAAUCGCACAUUAUUCCAUUCUGAAUGCAAAUUGCUACAUUCUAUAUUUCUAUAUAUGUCUACCUAACUGGUUAUAGUAAAUUAUGCAUUGCAUUAGUCAACUAAUUAAUACAUUUCUCAACGUUCAAGUCAGCUUAAAAAAAAAAAAAAGUUAAAACUUGAUAGUUGCCUUAUGCCAAUUAUUAACAUUAUAUGUUCUAAAAACUUCUAAUCAUACAAAUAUAAUUAUACUAUACACCUACUGCACAUUUGAUUAUGAUGAUAAAUAUUAUCGUAACACUGUCCAAAAUUUCUCGGUUUACGGCUGUAAAAUUGUUUAUAUAGGUACUGAUAACAUUUAAAAAAAAAAAAAAAAAGGCCCGAAAGGUAAUUACAGAACGAUAACAGAUAAAUACAACACAGUUAAUUUGUUUUAGUGAUGCUAGUCACGUAUAAAGUAAAUGUUUUACUGUAAAUGUAUAAGAGAUAAUAAAAAUUUAACAUUCAAAUCCCUACCUAAUCAGUUGUGGAUUAUGAAUAUUAUUAUUUUAUGGGUUUAUAUUUUAACUACCCAUAUCGUAAAUUUGACUGAAAACCUACAGUUAACAAUAUAGCACGGGCACAGAUAUUACAUAUUAAUUCGAUUUCUAUCAUUUCGCUGUAUACCUAUUUCCUAGAUAACAUUAUAUGUGUACACAAUAUUAUAAAUUGGAUUAGUAUAAAGAACACAGUUAGUAUUUAAAUGUAUGUUAGUGUCAAUCCGUUAAGUAUUUGGAAUUUGGUUUCUUUUACGAAGGCUGCAUACCAGGUACAUUUACAAUAUUAUCUUAAUAGGUGUGGGUGUUGUUAAGAAAAUAUAUGUAUAUAUAAAUAUAUUUUUUUUAAUCAAAUUAAAUCUAAUGUUUUAACAUUAUGAUUGUAGUUAACAUGAUUGUUAACUGAUAACAAUGAUUGUUCACUAUAUUUUAACUAUUGGUAAUUUCAAAAAAUGUUUUAAAUCAAAUUUUUACUAACCAAAAAAGUGUUUUACGACAAAAUAAUACAAACAUUUUAAAAUUAAACAAUUAACACUUUAAAUCUAGACUAAUAUCAGAGUGAGAUCAAGAUCCACCUUGGGUAGUAUUAAAUAAUAGUUUUUACGUUAUUGAAAUUUUAAAAUAAAACGGACUACCAGAAAAAAAACCAUUAUCAUAGUGAUAUCAUAGCAUAUCGUAGUAAUAAGACAUACAUCCUGCAUUUUAUCAUGAAAACAAAAUAGUUAGUGAAUUCUUAGCAUUAUGUUCUAAGUAUUUACUUAAAAUUUACUUUAUUAAGUAAAUUAUAACAAUUUUUUGUGAAUACGAUACCGUUGAAAAUUCUAAUGUUUUACUAAAGAAAGUAUAUACUAAGUUUAAAUAAAGUGUGAUCUAUAAAUAUGGCUAUAAGAAAAAAUUAUUCGUUUCAAGGAAUAAAUAAAAUACUUUUUAAAAAUAUUCGGAAUACUACCCAUGUCUGUAUAUAUAAUAUUAUAAAUUUAUAACAUACUUAUACCAGCCAUACCAGGUGACCUUUAAUUAUUUUAUUUAGUCCCUCCUUUCCAAAAAUAAAAGUUCUGAGUAUGCCCUUUGUCAAUAUUAUUGGCUUUAAAAAUGACAAUUUCAUUAAAAGUUAAUCCACAGUUCCCCAACUUAUAAUAAUACCUACUAAAACUAUAUUAUACCUAUACUAAUAUGAAAAUUGUCUACGAGUAUUACAUUAAUGUAUCUAUGUAUGACUUAUACGUAUAUUAUUUAUACUUGAAUUAAUCAACUAUAAGUAUUAUUCAUAUUUGUUUUAAUUUAUCUUAUAGAAUUUUUAAGUUUGUAGGAACCGUGUGUAAAUAAUAUAGUCGGCAACCCAGAUAAUUGUGUCGGUAGAUACUUGAAAAUAAAAAUUUACGAUAUAAGGUCUCUACGAUAUCGAUAUCUGUCUACCGUUAUUUUAUAUUGUUUUUCGUAUGCACAUUUCAUCACAAUAUUAUUAUAAUGCGUGUACCUACCAAAGUAUAAUCAGUGUUUUGUUUACAAGAAUACGGAGACGGGGUUUCGUAUAUAGACGGCCUUACAUCCUAUAAUGUUAAUGAGCACUACAGAUACUAUUAAUAUAUUGAAUUUUAGACCAGAAGUCUUGCUCCGAACAAAAACUUUAUCCGUGUAUUAGAAUAUUUCUUGCUGAAUUUUGGAUCUAGUUUGUAUGUACUAUUUAAUAUUAUUAUUAAAUCUUGGAGAUCGGAAAUGCUUUCGCGAAUAUCGCGAAUACCAAUACCUGCAAUUCGUUCAUAUUUCACAUCUAAUAUAGUAUCACGGUAGGACACUAUAUUAGGAGGAAAGAGAGACAAAAAAUGCUUGAACAUUGCGGGUAUUUUGUACAUGGUCACUACGCUCCUCGUAAUAAUAGUCUACUCACGGGUAGGCCAAGUAAGUAGCAAUUUUGAAAGAUACUGUAUUAUAUAGGAUGACUUCAUUUAUAUCUAUCAACAACGAUUAUAAACCAUUGCUAAAAACAAUUCUGAGCAGUGUUUGAUUAAUCAUGUUUCGAUUAUCUUAAUGAACUGAAAAUUAUAUUGAUUUGUACCAAACUACAAAAUAAAUUAAAAUUGACUAUGUUUUUAGUCUUAUAUUUUUAUAAAGCCAAAGCAGUUUUAUUAGGUAAUUAAAAAUACUACGUAAAAAAGCUGUGAUUUUUACGACUUUCAUCAAAAUUUGAACUUUAUAAACCCUUAUAAAUAUUCAAAAUAAGAAAAAAAUUAGCUAUGGAUUUUUUAUAUUUGUAUAGCUCUAUUAAAACACCUAUUAUGAUGUACUUUGUAUGAAGUUUUCAAGUAUUUUGAAAAACCAAACAAAAUUCUAUUCGCAUAAAAUAUAAUAAAAAAUUUUAAAUAAUUAUAAAUAGGUGUAGCUCAAAAAUCGCCAUAAUAUUAUGCAAAUUGAAUUGCGUAUAGAAAGAUCUAAUAGGGGUAUUCAGUUAGUAUUUCAGAACUUUACAGGUAUGUUUAACUUAAUUACAACGAAAAAAAAAAAUCAAAAAUAACAAAAAUCGUCUGGCUUAAAUAUUUUCUCCCCCAAUUAAAAAGAUAACUUUAGGGAAAAUAAAAAAAAUAAAAAUAUCAAAUAUACAAAAUUAAUAAAAUUUGCUACAAAAAUACUAUUGUCGGUUUUCGAUUGGCGCACAAUUUCUUAUAAAAAAAAUUUUGAAUGGAUAAAAAAUAUAUAAAAAAUACAUCAUAUAGUAAAACUAAUCUCGCUACGCUCAAUAUAUAUAAACAUAAGACAAUGUGGAGGCCAAGUAUACUAAAUGUUGAAACUUUUAAAAAUUACAAACAAUUUAAAUUAUUUUGUUAUAGUUAAUGGUAAAUGAAAUUUUAAAUUUAUAAUAUAAAUAUUACCAAAUUCCACUCAAAAUCAAAAAUGUUUACGAUGAUUUAUCGUUACCUAAUAUGCUCUUACCUAUUCGUCACAUCCUGUUAUGCAUGAGUUUAAUUACGUAAUAUUAUAUUUUUAUUUAAUGAAUAAUUUUCAAGAUAAAGAGAUUUUAGCAAAUAAUAAUUAUACUACUAUUGUCAAUCGGCGAACUAAGAUUAAAUUUACAAGUGUGAAAAUGAACACAAAAUGCAAAUACACAGGUGUUUUGAAAACAAGACUGAUGGCAUGGAUACCACAGCCCAAUAAUUAGGUACAAUCAUAAGGUACACAAUAGUCAUGAUUAAACAAAUUUUUUUUUUUUUAUUGUUGAAAUCACUCAAACUUGAACUAAAAUAUAAUGAAUGAUUUUACACUAGAAAAAAUCGAUAUCCAAUAAUUAUUACAAUCGAACAUGAUCGUGCAUAAUUGUACCGAAAUUAAAAGUAUAUUACAAAUCUAUGCAUAGAUACUAGCAAAUUGGCGAAUCCGUACAAUAAUGCCGGUAGUGAUGGAAUUUAAAGUUAUUUAGAUGUUUUUUAUGAAGAUAAUACAACGAAUGAUACACUGCUCCCGAGUCAACAUUUUUAACGACGACGUGGACAAAUAACAACAACAAUAAUUAAGCCACGAACGUCAAAUAUCAAUUAUCUCAUUAUAUUUGUAAAAAAGAACAUAUGUACACACAUAAUAACUAUAUAAUAGUGUUAAAUAUAGAUAAAUGUUUCAACCGCAGGUAUACAAACACGGUUUAUUAUAUGCAGAUAGGUAUACAUUGUUAACAAACGAACCAACGUCUGUUAACCGUUUGGAUAGAUAACCUGACCUAGGUAAUACUCAAUAAUUUACUCAAAAAUAAUGCUAUUCGAGGGGGAAAUAAAAUCGCGUUUACUGGUUUACGUGAACGUAUAAUUUUAUUAGGAAUGGGAAUUUCUUACGGUGACGUAAAUACCCGCAGUAAAAUAUGGUAUCGUUUAAAAAAUAAAAAAGUAUUUUUUUUUUUUUUCAGUACGAAGUGAAUGUAAAAUGAGCGAAACCGAAGGAAAAUUCAAUAUCGUGCCGAUGGCUCCGGACGACAAACCGAUUAUCGUUGGAUUUAUAAAAGAAUUCUUUUUCCGCCGUGAACCCUUGGUAGUGAGUUCAAAGAUAUCGGAAGACGCGGAAUCGAUGGAAAAACUCGAAACCUUUGGUUUGAGAGCAUUGGAUACCGGUGAGGUUACAAAAAUACAAUAUUACUUGAAUAUGGAAAAAUUAUUUUUAUAUUAACCUUUGAAAAUUAUACUCCAGUCACAAGUAGGUCACAUGUGACUUUUAGGAAUCGCCUGGUCGAAUUAUGGUGUCAGAUGUGGUGAGAUUUACAAUUUGUCAAAAAGUGUAUAAUUGUAUAUUAUAUGCUUUUCAUGUUUCUGGUGCCAAUUUUUACUUGGUAUACUAUACAUACGCGCUGAUUCGCGGGAAAAAAUUGCGAAUUUUAAAAUUAAUUACUUUAAACAUUGUUUUGGAUUCUGAGUGAAACAAGUAUUUAAUCGAACGACUGAAUUACACACUGAUUAGAAAUAUCGUGGGAAAAUAUUUAUUUAUUGAAUACAUUGAAUAACAUUGAAUGUAUAAUUUUUAUUUUGUGAUGACGAUAAAUUAAUUCUAUCUACCGAAUUCUUAAAAUUAAAUGUACUGGUGAAUAAUGAAAUGUGUAAAUGUUCGAAGCAUAUUCAUAAUUUUGCUCAUUGUUGAUAAUGAUGUUUACGUGUUUUGGAGGUUCGGCAAGGGAGUUAACAGCGAUUUAGUUUUAUUUCUACCACUUCCUCCCUGCAGGUUUUACUAUUCAUAAUUUUCAAUUUGAAAUUAUUCUGAUCAAUUCUGACGUUGAUAUUAUUAUCGUAUCUGUUUUAAAUAAUACGAUUUUCGAGCAAAAGUUAUGUAAGCAAUUUAAGUUACCAUAACUACAAAUAUUAUGGUCUAUGUGUAUUAAGUGGUUAUCAAAAUAAUAAUAAGCAUAUAUAAUAUUAUUCUGAUCGUCAUAAUUUUUGCAGGGAUUGUUUUUAAAGCGGUGUCCGACAACGGGGAUUUGAUGGGCGUGAUUUUGAACGAAAUAAUAACCAGAGAUGGCACGGAACAUAAUAAUGAUGACGACAACCACCAGCACCAAGAGGACAGCGUCAGUUUUAAAAAGUUCAGGAAUCUUUUCCAAAAAGCCAAACGAGAGUCCGACAUUUUCGGAAAGUAUCCUGAAGUAGAACGUAUAAUGCAUAUAAAAAUUGUCGCCGUGGAUGACGCGUUUAAGGGCCGAGGAGUGUGCACGGCUCUUUUCGAUAAAACUAAGUAAAAUAUAUUAUUUUAUAAUAUAUUUGCAAAUCAUAUUGGGUUUUCGCUAUCUAUCCGAUAAUAAUAUUAUAGGUACCUAUUAAUAAGGAUGACAUAAUACGAAUCACAAUUAUUACGUAUAGGUUAGACUAGGUUAUAAUUAGAGAUGUUACGAACCCUUUUUUUUUUUUUGGUCAAACCGAAUCGAAUCGACCUUUUAAAAUAUUUUAUCGAACUAGAACUCAAAAUAAUAAUUGCGGGUUAGUUUAGGUUAAAAACCUAGGUGCUCAGACUAUUCGGCUCCACGAUUUACGAUUAUGAGACCCACUAAUAUGAAAAUUAUAACAUUUUUCUCUUUUGUAACUAGGUCGCUUUGUCACGCCACAAAACAUCGUAUUGGUGACAUUACAGAAUCAGCAUCGAAUGAUUUUCGAACCGAGCUAUUGGUUAUUUGGUCUAGUUCGAUUAUUUGAAAUAUUCAUUUUGAUUUUCGAACCAAAUCGUACAUCUCGAGUUCGGUUUGUUUCGAUUUGAAACUCAAAUAGUUCAUACAUCUCUAUUUAUAAUAAUUAUGUUUAAGUACAUGUAUUUCUUAAAAAGUAUUUAUUAAAACUUUUAGGAGUUUGGAGAAUUUUACUUAUCAAUAAACACAGAAUUUGGCAUCGCGACCUUAAAAAUACAACACCUAACUAGCUACACUAUUAUGAGCACAAAAAUAAAUUUAAAAUAAAUGCAUACGAGAAACGAUUUCUGUCCAAAAUUCGUCGAACCGCAGGUUUUAACUAAUUAUAAUAGUUUUAAAACUUAAAAAUUAAUUAGAAAAAAGUUUUAAAAAUUCAAAAUUAAUUUAUGAGUCCGCCCUUCUAUCUAAACGUAAAAAUAUAUGACUUCGAGAUACUAUGUUGUAAACCGUAUUCUAAAUUUUGAUUUCCGUCAUCUUAAACUGCGUAUUGGUACCGUCAUUUUACAAUAAUUCUCUAGAUAAACUAUAUUUAGUUUGUAGGAAUAUGUUGCAAAUAAAAUAUGACGUAUUUAUCGCGUAAAUUUCGUAUCUUUUAAUGUUAAAAAUUUGGUGAAAAAAUUAAAGUAUUACCCGAACAAGAAUAAUCGCACAAGCAUUAAAAAAGUAAUAUUUUAAUAGCCGGUUUUAUUUUUAUUCGGGUUCCAGAGAAUUGGCGUUGGAAAACCAAUGUCCCAUGGUCCACGUGGAAUGCAGUAGUCAUUUUUCGGCAGCCGCGGCGAAGAAACUUGGGUAUCAGUGUAUAUAUUUCUUGCGCUACAAAGAAUUUAAAGACGAAGACGGCCAAGCGAUGUUCACCCCGCCGCCACCUCACGAACAAUUUAAAGUCCUUGUACUACCCGUUUAAAGAAUUCUUAGACCGAAAGAAAUUUCUAACUGAAUCGCUGUGAAAAUACUUACUAUCGAUUGUAUUUCAUGAAAUUCCUGUGGAAAUUAAUGUUUUUUGUUUAAAUAUUGUUCAUAUUUUGUUUGUUUAUAAAUACAUAAAAACUUCGAUUAUUUUUUGACUAGGUGUAAAACGGUAUAUAGCCGUAUAAAACUUAUAUAUUAGCUAGGGAUAGUACCUUCUUGUUAUAAAAAAAACUUAAAACGUAGUUUAUUGCAUGCAUGUUUUAUGCGUUUACAUGCUGGUAAUCAUUAUUUCCGUAAACUUUCUCAUUGUUCUUAAUGUUCUUAUGUUUAUUCCCAAUGUUGCACAACUAAAUAGGCAAAUUGACGAAAAAUCAAAAUACGACUUAAUUAUUCAAUAACUAUAUCCAAAUGCAACAAUGAUACGUCUUAUUUUUCCGUAGGAAUAAUAAUUGCGAUUUUAAAAUAAAAUGAUUUAUUGAUGUUCUCACUCCAAUACUAUCACUCCUUCUUAGAAACUUGUUAGGGUCAAUGAUUCAUUUGUACUACAAGUGCCUUCACGUUUUCAUUUUUCAUAAAUAAUUAAUAAUUACAUGUUUAAUUUAUUAUUCUAAUACAAUAUUGAUUUAGUAUCAGUAAUUUUUGUAUUACAUUUAAUUAUUUUUCAUUAAUAAUGAAAUUAUUUCAUUAAUAAUGGUAUCAAUUGUAUAUUAGUUUUAAAUUGUAUUAUUACCAUAUUAUUAGUAAAAAAAAAAUAAAAACAGCAUACGUUAAUAUUUGCCACUGUAAUUAUAAAGAAUAUACUAAUAACACGGAUUAGAUAUCAUUUUUAGUAGGUACGCUAUUAUAAUUAUAAUAUUAUAC